AUGGCUCCCCUCUUCCGCGCCGACCAAGUCGGCUCCUUGAUCCGUCCCGACUUUCUCCUGGAAGACCGCGCUUCACUAGGCUUCUACGCCGACAAGCUCUCGGCCGACCAGGCUGUAGCAACAUCUGCCGCCGUCGCCCAUGCUGCACAGAAACAACUAGACCUAGACAUCCGACCCAUCACUUCGGGGGAGUAUGAGCGCACCAUCUUCUUUGGUGGCUUUUUCGAGAACCUCGAGGGGAUGGAGGUCCGCCAGGAUCUCAGAAUUCCUCAGGACUUUCGUCCUGACCUGCCCAACGUGACUGGUCUGGCCAAGAUGGGCCUGAAGCACUUCGCCGCCGUAGUCGCCACCGGCAAAAUCAAGCAUGUCAGUUCGGCGUAUCUCCCAGCCUGGGAGAUGAUCAAGAAGACUGUUCCCGAAGAGUACUGGAAAGACUGCAAAAUGUCCAUCCCCUCGAUCACUUGGCAGCACAUGUACCUCGCCAAAGGAACGGCCUUCACCCCUGGCACAUACGCAUCAGACCAAGACUACUUUCUCGAUCUAGCCGCCGCGUUCCGGGCCGAGCUGAAAGCGUUGUACGACGCGGGUCUGCGUUCAGUUCAGGUGGAUGACCCCAACCUGACUUUCUUCAUCGUGGAGCAGUUCCGAGAGGGACUACGGGGCGACGGGAUCGACCCCGACUCUUUGAUGGAACUCUACAUAUGGGCACACAACCAAGCUCUUGAGGGUCUUCCGCUUGAUAUGCAUGUAGGCAUUCAUCUCUGCCGGGGUAACAUGCCUGACGGGCCCUCAUUUGCAGAAGGGUCGUACGAGAAGAUUGCCCGGCAUGUUUUCCCCAAGUUGAACUACGCCACGUUUUACUUGGAGUUCGACGACCCUCGUAUCUCUGGUCACUUCGAACCUUUGCGCUUCGUGCCUCAGGGCAAAAAUGUGGUGUUGGGGCUCGUGUCGACAAAGAUCGCCGAGCUCGAGGACAAGGAGGCACUGGUGCAAAGGAUACAUGAGGCUGCCGAAGCCAUGGCCAAGGGUCAAGGAAGAGCCGUGUCUGAUGUUCUUGCGGACUCGCUGGCCGUCAGUCCUCAAUGUGGUUUUGCUAGCCACAGUAUCAACAAGGGUGUCGCCACGGAAGAACGAAUGUGGGAGAAGCUUGUUCUUGUUCGAGACGUGGCAAGGUCUGUUUGGAAGGACGCGAUUUAA